AUGGCUGCCCCGACCCAAGUCAAGACCAUCACUGUCGACAACGGCAUCGACGUCUUUUACCGCGAAGCUGUCCCCGCCUCUUCGCAGGACCAUAGUGCAUUACCUGUCGUCCUGCUCCUCCACGGGCGACCCGCAUCAUCGUUCCAAUACCGCAACCUCAUCCCGCGUCUUGCUCACAAGUACAGGGUCAUUGCCCCUGACCUGCCUGCCUUCGGCUUCACCGUCGUCCCCGAGGCAUGCAAGUACGAAUAUACGUUCGCGUCGAUCACAACCACCGUCAUCAGUUUCCUGGACGCCUUGGAGAUAGCAAAGUUUGCCGUAUACGUAUUUGACUACGGCGCACCCGUGGCCUUCAGACUCGCCCUCCAGCGCCCCGAGGCGAUCACAGCACUCAUCUCGCAGAAUGGAAAUGCCUACGAUGAAGGCUUGGGCUCAGCCUUCUGGGCGCCCCUCGAGGAGGUGUGGGCCGACCCAACUCCCGAGAAGGUGAAGGCCCUCGAGCGUCUCCUCACCCUUGAAGCUACCAAACGAUUGUAUGUCACCGGGGCGCCAGACCCGUCCGUCAUCCCUCCGGAGACGUACUAUCUGGACUACUACCUAAUGACACGCCCUGGCAUUGUCAACAUCAUUCUCGGAUAUUUCCUCGACUACAAGACAAACGUCGACCUCUACCCCGAGUUCCAAAAGUACUUCCGCACCUACCGCCCACCCACCCUAGCUGUAUGGGGCAAGAACGACCCGGCCUUUAUUCCUGCGGGUGCGGAGGCGUUCAAGAGAGACAUCCCGGACGUGAUUGUGAAGUUUGUGGAUGCUGGGCAUUUUGCUCUGGAGACUGCGCUGGAUGAGAUCAGCGGAGAGGUCUUGGCUUUCCUGGCUCAAGUUGGGAUAUAG